AUGAUGAUGAGACGUAGAGCUACUCAAGAGGAAAUAGCACAGGGAGAAGCAGAGAUGAGACUGGCAGAGAAACGUAUGCAGAAAGAAGCAGAAGAGAGAGGCGAAAAGCCGUUAGAGGAUAGCCAGGAAGGUAGCCACAAGGAGGUUUCAGGUGAGGUGAGUGCUCCUCCAAUAGCUGAUGGGGUUAGAGAAGAUUCCAAAGGAAACUCUAGUCCUGACAAUACGUCUAGCGCUGCCCCUGGAACAGAAAUGAGAAGGCCACCAACCUUGCCACCAGCAGAGCCACCAAAGUUUGCACCUGAGGAAUUUGCGUCGCCUGGACAUAGGACUCCAAAGCCGCAGGACCAACAAGACAAAGGAAGUGAGCAGGCUACCAUGUCUUCCAAGAAGGAGACCGGUAGUAACUUGGGUCCUGAGGCAUUCGAGAACAAGAAGAGCCAGGCGAGAGCGUCUCCAACAGGGGAUGGGAAGGGAACAGAUAGGAGAGCAGAAAGCUCGGCGUUUCCACCUCUUUUCACCCCUGAGCAGUUGCAACACAUGGCUUUCAUCCACAGUCAAGCACCAUGGUUGUAUGGCCAACCUCACUCUGCAUUCACACCUAGUGUUCAGAGACCUGCCUUUCUGAGUCUUGAAGAGGAUAGGAUCGGUAGGGAAAUGUUCGAAAAAGAUCAAAUGUUGGAACAGUUGAGAGAACAGCAGCAAAAAGAUCAAAGAGAAAGGGAUGAGUUGAGAGGGUAUCUAGACAAGCUUGCCGCAGAGAACCAAAAGCUGAGAGAUGCCCUGAACGAGUUGAAGAAGCCAUCAGAAGGAGGAGAUUCGAAGUUCUCAACCCCCGAGGAGGCUGCAGACCCCCUGAAGGAUGCUGUAGACCCUCAAGGUCAGGCUCAGAGAAAGUCGAUGAAAGACAAGGAGGCUGCAGACCCCCAGAAGAUUUGGUCAGAAGCUGCUGAAGGACGCAUGAGCGAAAGAGACUUGUUUCCAUGGAGGAGUAAGGAGGCUGUAGACCCCCAAAGAAGUCAAGAGCGAAAGACAGAAGGAACGAAAGAGUCUCCAGUGGAGGACCGUGGGUCAGGAUCUGGUCUGACCGAGAAGUCGCUGGAGUUCAUGGCCAUCAUGGUAGAGUCAAUGAAAGAGAUGCAAAAGAAGGUCAGUGAGGGGAGAGACGAUGCCGGCAUGGUGAAGGGCGUAGAGGUGGUGCGAACAGGCAUCUUGGAAUUGCCGCCACUUCAGCCUUGCAAUGCGUCACAAGGCCCACUUCAACUGGGAGACUGGCUGCUGAUGGUGGAGCCUGUCGCCGCCGAUAUGUCUGCAACAAGUGAGGAGUGGUGGCGCGAGAUGACAAAAUCAGUAGAGGUAUGGUAUCAGGCGCACAUGGCGCUCAAUCCGUUGGAUCGGAUUGUUCACAAUGCCACUCCGCCUCCUGGACUUCAACAAGAGCGCUGGCAACGUCUGGAGCGAAGGAUGUCAACUAUGCUUCUCCAUGCUGUGCCAGAAUCAGUACGUGAUGAGUUGGUUGCUGGCAGAAAGAUGGGAGUUUUCUCAAUCCUCACACACCUUUUUCUUACAUACUGCCCUGGUGGUGUCAUGGAAAAGACUAUGCUUCUCAGAAAUCUUGAAGAACCGCCAGAGGUGGCGAACAUAGGGGAUGCACCGGCUGCGCUGAGAAAGUGGAUGCGAUGGAAGGCCAGAACUGCUGAAAUAGGUGCAGUGAUUCCGGAUGCUGCCCUCCUGCUCAAAGGCUUGAACAGACUCACCAAGCGGGUUCUCGAUAGCAACCGUGAUCUACAAUUCAGGAUUCAACUUGCGAGGUCGAGCCUUGGAGUCGAUACGACUCCUACUGAGUUGUCUGUCAGCAGAUUUGCCACACAUCUCUUGGCGGAAAUAGAGCAAGUUGCGUUGACUGAGAAGCGCACUGGAGGACAGGGUUCAAGACAGGAUGCUCCCAAGUUGAAGUCCCUCGACAUGGACAAACAGGACAAACAGGACAAAGGAAAAGGUAAAGGGAAAGAAAAGAUAGGAGAAGAAGAAAAGGGAAGACCGGCUUGCAAGUUUUAUCUUUCAGAAGGAGGCUGCCGAAAAGGUAAGGAGUGCAGCUGGUCACAUGAUGUGCGAGAUGAGAAGAGGCGUUGCUACACCUGUGGUUCGACUCAGCACUUGUCGUCAACAUGCACGAGGUCAAGAGGAGGAGCCAGCAGUGAUGCUAGCCCUGUGAGACAAAAGACAGCGAAAGGAGAAGAGGAGAAGUCGUCGUCAGCGAAAGACAGCGAAGCGGCGUCCAGCUCUUCUCAGGACGUUUCCAUGAAAAACUUGCUGGAAGAGGCGAACAAGAUGCUGAGGUCUUUGUCUACAGGAACAGGGUCACAGGCUUCUUCAACCGUGUCUCCAAUGAGUCAAGAGGAGUCCAGAGCUGAGGUGGUUGAGAAGUUACAGCAACAGUUGAACUCUCUUCGAAUGAAGACUUUGAGGCUUCGGAGGAUGAAUCAAGGGACACAACAGGGUCUUCUGGACAGCGGGGCAUCUCACUGCUUGAGGCCUCGAAAACAAGGAGAAGAUGUUCAAGGAUAUCGGAAAGUAGAUGUGGCGCUAGCUGAUGGAAACCGGGUUCAGAUUCCCAUCACACCUGGAGGGACCAUGGUCAGUGAAGACCCCUCAGUCGAACCAAUUGUGCCGAUGGGAGCUUUGAUGGAGAAAUUGAAAUGUGAGGCGACGUGGAAAGAAGGUGAGUUGAUUGUGGUUCACCCUUUCCGUGGACGGCUUCCCAUCACCUACGACAAUGGCUGCCCACAGGUUCCAAGGCAAUUGGCCUUGCAGCUCAUCGAAGAACUAGAAAAUCAGAAGAUGGGCAUCGGAGAGAAAGCUGAGGAUUUUCAAAGAGAAUUUCAGUGGAUGAAGUCGUUGGUAGAAGCUCAUCCGCUGCUGAGGACACGAAGUGUUCUGAGACACUACCCUAUAGAGGGGAAUCCACAAGCUCCGCGACCAGUUCGAAGUUGGGGAGGUGGAGAGUUUGGUGCAGAAGGUUUGACUGAAGAGGAGAAGAAGCAGGUACGAGAAGAUGACCUGCUGCUGUGGAGGACUAUCUUUCUCUACGUGGUGGCCGUUUAUGCUGCCAGGGCGAGAGGAGAAAGCAUGGACCCAGUGCUCAGUCUGGAGCAACCUGCAAGUCCCAAACAGUACAAGCCAGAGGUGGUCAGCUUUUGGGACACAACGGAGUGGAAGCAGUUGAAAGAGGAGUUCAACCUGAAGGAGUGCACUUUUCAGCAAGGACAUCUGGGUGGCAAGACCGCCAAGCCAACAACUUUUGGUGGGUCGCUUGACUUACACCCAGAGGAUUACAAGAUCAAAGCACCCAAGCAUCAAGCCCGGAUCAACGACUCGAAGGAACUGUCAAGAUGGCCGCCUGCUGUGAUGAGAAUGCUUGCAGAAGCGCUGAUGAGGCAGGUGUAUAAGGCCAAGCCGAAGCUGAAACCAUUGUCAUGGCAGGAACACUUGGCGAUGGGUCAUGUGCCGUAUCGAAGAGAUUGUAGGGUAUGUCAAGAAACUAUGCAACAGUGUGCCCCACAUCGAAAGGCAAAGCAUGUGGCAGCUGGGGUGCUGUCCAUUGACACCGCUGGACCGUUGAUUCCAGCGUAUGACCAAGGUGGCGGAAAGGCUCGGUACUUCCUGGUUGGAGCUUUGACAUGGAGAGUUCCCCGAGGAUUUGAGAAGCUGAAGCAACCACCGCACGAGCCUUUAGAGGGUGAUGAACCGAAGAUAGAGGAAGGCGAUGAAGAAGAAGCAGGAGAAGGCUUUGAUGAAGAAGAUAUUGGCGAACUACCGCCAUUGGCCGCUGGUGAGCAGGGGUUGGCUGGAGGAGAGCUAGUCCGCCUCCCAGCAGGCCGCGGUGAAGAGGCGGGUGAGCAGGGGUUGGCUAGAGGAGAGCCAGUCCGCCUCCCUGCCCCACCGCAGGGCGAAGAGGCCGGUGAGCAGGGGUUGGCUAGAGGAGAGCCAGUCCGCCUCCCGGCCCCGCCCGAGGAGGAAGAACCAGGGAAGUUGGAGGAGGAAACAGAGCUGAGAGUGUACAGAAUGGCACUCCCAAUGGUGACAAAGACAGCAAGGGAGGUGAGCGCGACGGCGAUGGAGUUCGUCUUGCGCUUGAGAGCUGACGGCUACCACAUUGGCCGCAUACACUGCGACCGGGGGCACGAGUUUGAGGGUGCCUUCGGAAGAUGGGCCAGAAGCCGUGGCAUUUACGUCACAAAGACGGCUGGAGACGACCCGCAAGGGAAUGGAAGAGCAGAGGUGGCUGUAAAAGCCAUAAAAGCCCAAGUGAGAAGGACGUUGAGACAGGCAGAGCUGGACUCAUCUCACUGGCCAUGGGCGUUGAGGUACGUGGAUGAAAUCAACAGGUGUGUGCGCCGAGGAACCACGCCUGACUGGCCGAGGUUUCAUCAAGAAGUGCGAGUUCGAAAGCGCACCUGGAGGAGAGGUGCCUUCGAGCCAGUGGUGGAGCGAGAGCCACCACGAGUUACAAAGUAUGUCAUGCAGCAAACGACAGAGCCAGUGGACAACUCAGUGUGGGUCGCCCUGGAAAAGACUAUUCCCGACGCUUGGAGCGUGAGGAGAAGAUUGAGAGGAAAGACAGCAGUAAGAAAGCUGCAUCGGUCUCUUCGAGAAGAGAAGGAAGAUGAGGCCGAAGACAAGAGAAAGGAGGAGGUGCAGAGGAUCCAUCAGGUCAUAGAAGAAGAAAUGAGGUUGAUUGUAGACGAAGAGCCACAGAUCGCGGCCGACAUGAUGCGCAUCAUUGGAAGCCUGAAAAAGAUGGCAACUGGAGAUGAUGCGACUGAAGAAGUACUUCAGACCAAGAUCGUCUCACCGAAGGAAGUUGCUCGCUGUUGGAGCGAGUGGCGUGAGGCGAUAGACAGCGAGGUGAAAUCGCUGACGGAGGAGAAAGAAGCACUUCGUCAGCUCACAAAGGAAGAGCAUGAAAAGAUGAAGGUAGAAGCAGAAAAAAGAGGCAGGAAAGUUGAGUACCUGCCUUCAAAAGUGGUAUUCACCUUGAAGCCGUCACCAGGUGGCGGAAAACGAAAGGUCACUGAAGAUGAGAAUGACCUCCUGAUUUUGCCCCCUUCAAUCAUGACAGAAAAAGGAUAUCUGCCCAGAAACACAGUCUACAAGCCACUGAAGGCGGUGUAUGGAUUCCGCCGAUCGCCUCGUCUGUGGGGAAACCACAGAGACAAAGUCAUGAGAGGUUUGCAGAUCAAAGUUCAGAGAGGAGAAAGUGAAGUUGAAGUCUGCUUGGUUCAGCUGGAGUCAGAGCCGAAUCUAUGGAAGGUGAUCCCAAUCGAGGGGGAGGACGAUAUGAGAGAGGCAUCCCUGUCAAAUCACAAGGUGCUCGGGUUGGUGAUGACCUAUGUGGAUGACAUCUGUGUCGUUGGUGAAGACGCAGUGGUGUCGUCACUGAUCGAGGCACUUCGGUCAACGUGGACCACAUCAGAGCCAGAAUGGAUUGGUGAAACUGCAGUGAGGUUUUUGGGCAUGGAGGUGGUGAAGUUACAGAAUGAAAGUGGGAGUCGCUGGUUCAUCACACAGGAAUCCUACAUCAGAGACCUCUUGUCCAGAUACGAAAGUGAGGAGACAGUCAGAGAAAGAAGGACUCCAAUCACUCGAGACCAAUCCAUCAUGGAAGAAGAUCCAGAAACUCCUGCCUUGCAUCAAGUCAGGAGGUGUCAAAAAGAGGUAGGAGAGUUGCUGUGGCUGGUCACGCGAACCCGUCCAGACUUGAUGUUCAGUGUCGCAAGAAUGGGAGCCAAUGUCACCAAGGCUACCAAGUCUGUUUUGGAAACAGCGUCUCAGACGAGAGGCUAUUUGAAGAGGACGGUGGUUGAAGGAGGAGAACAAAAAGAAAGAGAAGUCUGCAUCCAAGCUUUUGCAGACGCAUCGUUUUCUCCAGAUGGAGAGGAGUCACAUGGAAGUUACGUUGUGUUUGCCAACGACAGUCCCCUUUUUUGGAGAAGCGGCAGGCAGACAACCGUGACGUUGUCCACAGCCGAGUCUGAACUGACAGAGCUAGUAGAGGCAAUCAGCGCUGGCGAAGCUGUGGCGGUGAUAGUGAGCGAAUUGUUCCAGGAUAUCAAGAAGUUUGCCUGGUCAGAUAGCCAAUCAGCUUUAGCUAUCUUGGUUAAUGAAGGUGGAAACUGGCGCACUAGGCACUUGAGGAUGAGAGCUGCCUACACCAGACAGGCAUUGGCAUCACAGCGGAUCGAUGUCCUCAAGCAGCAUCUUGGCAUGUCAUCCAUCCCAAUGCAGCCCAGUGUGAUCGCACCUGCGACCUCUGUGGCAGCAUUGAAGCCCAGUGUGAUCGCUCAUGCGACCUCUGAGGAUACAAGAAAAGGGAUGGAUGGUGCGAAGAUGUCACAAGCGGCAACGGCCUUGAAGCUCAUCACGUUGGCCGCUAUGAUUUCAGCUGGAAAGAGUCAGGAGGAAGAAGAUAUGGAAGAAGGACAGAAAGAAUUACAGCUCAUCAUGGCAGCAUUUGCCAUCCUGGUGGUCUUGAUCACUCUUGUGGCCCAACAUGUGUGGAAGGUAGGAGUAGGAUUGUGGAAUCGGGGAAACGAACAGAUUCCCGAAAAGCAGAUCCGAAGUCUCCCUGCGCAAGAAGGUCGAAGGAGUGAUCAGACGGCCGAUCAAAGAAAAGCGGGUAGCGCUGAUGGUGAGAAGGGGUUGGCUGAACGAGAGCCAGACCGCCUCCCAUCAGGGGACAGGGAGAAGGCUUUGCAGCCCUCCCUGCUGGGUGAGAAGGGGUUGGCUAGAGGAGAGCCAGUCCGCCUCCCCGGCCCUGAGGCGACAUCGUCUGGUCUCUCAGGUGGUCCCGGCCCCGCAGAAAAAGAAAGAAAGAGCGGUCAAAAGGCCGGCCAACGAAAGGCAGGUUGCGCUGAUGGUGAGAAGGGGUUGGCUAGAGGAGAGCCAGGAGAAGGCUUUGCAGCCCUAUCGGGUGAGAAGGGGUUGGCUAGAGGAGAGCCAGUCCGCCUCCCCGGCCAGGAGGAAGCGUCGUCUAGCUCCUCUGGCGGCCCCGGCCCUGCACAAGAAAGCCUUGAAAAAAGAAUCGAAAGAGAACUGGAAAAGAUCAAAGAAGAAGAGACAGAAUUGUGGCGUCAGGCCAAUUUAGCUCCGCUACCACCAGUUCUGAUUGAACCGGUAGAAGAGAGUGAAGAAGAAGGUCUUCGAUUUCCAGUCAUGAGAACGAAGUAUGGAUCAGUAUAUCACAGUGCCCUCACUUGCAAACAUCUCCAAGGAGCCAAAGUCAACUUGCCUCGAACUUUCAAAUGGUGCCAAGUUUGCAGAGGGGUGGCGCUCAGAACACGAGGGCGUCCACCACCAGGAACGAAUCUUUUGUUGUCAGCUCAUGGAAACGCAAUCCAUACUGACGAUCGAUGCCCUUGGGUCAAAGAUGCGAAGCCAACACCAUUUUGUUUGACUUGCAAAGAGCGUGAGAGGGGCUAG